AUGCUGCGGUUGAUGGUGAAUCGACGGGAGGUGAUCAAUGCGUUCAACCGAGAACCAGAGUUGAAUGUUCGCCUAAAAGAUGCGUUCGUUCGUAAUGUCAACUAUUUUUCGCGGAACUAUGGUCUAUUCCAAAUCUGUUUUCCUGAUUCCGUUCCAUCUGAUAUCGGUAGCUUCUCGAAAUACGGCUCCCCGUGCAUCGACAACACCGACUACUUCCCGGCCGAGGCUGUACAGGAGAACUACUCGUCGCAGCAGACUCAACGACUCUACUUCAUGAGAGCGAACGUGGCGACCUAUGUGCUUGGUCUCGGCGUCGUGGUGGUGUGCCUAGCAAUUGCCGGAAUCGGAUGUGCGCGACAAUCUCGUAAAGCAUUCAUGUUCACCGGCGUCGGUCUUCUCCUCACAGUUCUCCUCUUCGCGGUAUCAAUGGCUUGCUGGCAUUACGUGAACUACCUCGAACGCGCUGUACUCGAAAUGGCGCCAUUCUACAAAUCCUGGGAACCGAUACUCAAAACCACAACCCGUUUCAACUUUGGAUGGUCUCUUGUUGUUGCUUGGGUCGGAAUUCUCUUCAUUCUCUUCGCAUCCGUAUUCUUCAUUUGCUCAGCUAGUCGGUUAAAGAAAGAGGAAGAGAAGGCAUUGUCGGCAAAACAUGGUGCAUACAUGAUGAAUAACUACUAUGACAAAGGAGCUAUGGUACCAUACGGUUACAACACUUAUGCUGGAUACGGUAAUUAUCCGUAUGGCUACGGUGGACAAUACAACAACGGAUAUUACGGAUACAUGACAUACGGUCGUUGAUCGUGCAGGGACCCAGUGCACCCAAAUCGUUGCACCCCGGGCAGCUAACAAUUUCGGUAGCUCGAAGCAAAUUGUUUGUCAGCUGCACCUCGCAUCCUUCUGCCAAACUCCGGAUGGUUCCGAUCCAGACCGAGUGGCAGAGUCUGAACGUGUUGCCCUUUAUCAUCACUGUGUCAUGUUUUUAUAGAGAUUUGUUGAAAACAAAUCGUUGCUUGCGCGAAGCUUCAAACGCAAAAAUUGGCUAAUAUUUGUUUCCCAGAUUCGUCUUAACAUUUGAAAAAUGCCUGAGAAAUCGCCAUUUUUGCGUCUGAGAGCAGCGUGUUCACUCUGGUGAUGUUCUUGCCUACUCCUCGUCAUGCCUUCUAUUAUUUUGCUAUCCAUGUCUAGGCGUAUCUGGCCCCGACCUUCACUGCCUUUCCCCCAUCUUACUCACAUCCGUGGGUAGCUAGCAAGUAACGAAACAGUAUGAAUUUUAUAUGUGUACAGUUGUUCGACAAUUUUCGCUCAAUGUAUUCAUUGGCCACAUUCAUAUUCACAGAAUAUUUUUAUGAUGAUGUCACUUCUCAGUUCUGUUAAAGCGAUUUAUAUGACAUUUUAUUUCUUUCUCACAAUUCUUUUUUGGGUAUAUCAAGUUAUCCUCAAAGAUGUACUCUUAUUGUUACGCAUUUUCUCAUUGACCUUUACGAUCAUCUCUAUCGCUCGCAUAUUCUCGCUAGUUAGCGUAAGACCAAUCCGAU